AGACAUUAAGUUUUAUACUGUAAAAACUCGCUUUAUGGCAUAGUCUGAAAUCACAUAAAUUAUUAAAUCUUGAAAUAUAUGUAUAUAUAUUUUGCAUCUCCACUCUUGAGUUUUAUCAAUAUAAGAUAUAUUAUUCAUCUUAUAGAAUAAUACAUUUUUGUAUAUAGCAUAUGUAAAUAUCACACACUUGCAGUAUGUAAUGGAGCUCUCAUCGAAAGUUUUAGGUUAAAUUCUUGAUACAUACACACGUAUACAUGCGGUACAAAUGACCGGUCUUUUUAAGACGACACGCACAUAGAAUUAUGAAUUCAUCCACCUUAUCGCCGAGCACUUUAGGACACUCAACAGGACAGAGAACACCAGAAUCUCAGGACUCGGAAUUGACUUCCAGUGCGUCUCAAACAUCCAAGAUACUAAAUCAGAUGAGAUCUGAGCUGCAGGAGCAAAAACAACGCAAGCGAUUCCUGAAAGAUCUACAUGCUAAACGUGUACAAUCUUUAAGAAAAGAAUUAGAUUACCUCAAAGCAACAGAGUGGAGAUACCAUCCUAUAGACAGGUACCUAGAUAGGAGUCAGAGAAAUUAAACAUGCUGUCUUUAAUUUACAACACCUUUCAGUAUGUUCUAAAGCGUUCAUCCUCAGAUAAAACUGAAAUAGAAGAUAUUAAUGAAGUCAUAUCUCACAUAGAGCAUGCAGAAGAAAAUACGGAUAUUAUUACAGAGAAAGAGGAAAAAUUAGACAAAGCAGGAUGUUACUACAAGACAGGAUGUGUCACUCAAAUCACUCAAAGUUACAUCCUCAUCGAUGAUUGCCAUAUGUAUGAACAGAACAAUGACUCAACUAAUCUAAAAAUUGGUGAUAAAGUUCAAUAUAUGGCAUUUAAGCGAGAUUCAAAUGAAAAGCCAAUAGUAAAGAAAAUUAUCUGCGUGAUAGACGACCAAUCCUGGGAUAAUGCAAAUACCAAAUCAGAGGAUGUUCACACUCAAAUGAUACCAAGAAGUAUAGUUGCCAAAGUAGCAAAUCGCGAAGGCCGAAUUGUUAUUGUCAAGCCAAAUAAUAUUCGCGUUGAUUUAAGCAAAGUACAAUCUGAUUUUAUUCCCUUAAUUGGCGAUUGGUUGGUCUUAGAGUCCUUGGUUGAAUUAAAUGACAAUUCUACGGAUUUGAGCGGCGAAAUCUUGGAGGUGGAUAAAAUCACCCCGUUACGAUCUAAACUGGAUGUCGGUAUAAUAUCGAAGUAUAAUUAUGACAGCGAAGUAGGAAUAAUUGAUAAGCAAGUGAUAUUUCAUAAACGCGCAUGUGAACCAGGUUACAUUCCUCGUGUUGGUGAUAAAGUGGUGAGCGAUAGCAUAGAAAGCGAUCAAGGACUAUACAGCUGGAGAUCACUAAAUGUAGUUCCAUUAAUCCAGAAUUUGCAAGGAUCCAAUCAAUUAUCAAUUACAAACAGUUUUUCUGCAAUAGUAUCAGAUCCCAAUGAUUUGCUAAAAAACAAAUAUGGUAUUAUUAUAGAUGAUAAAUUGAAAUUUAAUUUGCAUAUAGAAGAAGAAAGUACUUUGACGGUUGUAAUACAAAAUAAUGGCAGUUAUACUCACAUGUUGCAAGGUGGCUCGUUUAUGCGACAGAAUGCUCCAUCUCAAUUGUCAUUAGAAUCACCGAUAAAUACAGAUAUUUAUGCAGUAAUAAAUCCUUCAGAAAAUAUUAAAUAUACAUUCAAGUGUAAAGCGAAAUUUAUCGGUACGUCCGAAGAACUGUUUGUCUUUAAUUUUAAAGACUUUAAAAUUGGAAGAUUAUUUCACAUAACUGUCAAUACCAAAAUUAUUUCACGGAAGACUGAUUCUUCAUCUAUUGCACAAAGAAAGGAUCAGACAAUUAAUAUACUUGAUAUAGACGAGCUCAAUAAUGAUAUUACACAUAUACCCGGGAUAAGACCGUGUAAAGCACCUAAUUUUAUCCAAGUGCGUACCGGAAUAUUCAGAGUGCCGCAAUUUGUUUGGAAUACAGUUGUGAAUAUCGUACAGAAUAAAAAAUCACAGACGGAGAUGGAAAUUGCUAUAGGAGAGACGAUACCUUGUCUUUUAAAACCACUUUCUUUCGAAACAUAUAAGGAACGUUUUCACACCUUACUCUAUCUGGAGGAAAUAGCUAUAACACUCAACUUACAACGAUACAACAUAGAAAGUACAAGCAUGCGGCGAUGCGGAGAUUAUCUUGCGCUUGAAGUGCUGGGAUUAGCAGAAAGACGACCUUCUCUCCUUGUCGGUGAUAAAGCUAUAAUAUCUUUCCCAUGGAACAAUUCUCAAGGAAAAUUAAAAUAUGAAGGCUAUAUUCACAAAGUCACAAGCACGGAAGUUUUUCUUAAAUUUAACGAAAAAUUUCAUCAUGAAUACAAUAGUGAAGGUUGUCAAGUGACAUUUAGUUUUUCGAAAUCUGUGAUUCAACGUUUGCACAACGCUGUUAAUUUAGCUCUCGGUCAUCUCGGAAACGAUUUUCUAUUUCCCACCAAAGUAGUUCAAAAAGAACCACAGUUUUAUUUGGAGGAGUGUGAAGUCGAAGAGAAAUCCACUCUUACGCAAGUUUGUCACAAAUCAAUGUCUUCUAACAGUUCCGAUUCUUUUAGCAGCAUUGCUUCUAAUAAUGAUACUGCUUUUGAUAAUAUAACCAGAAUGUCUUCAAGAAUGUCGAUAACAGAAAAAUCUUCCAAUGUCGACUCGUCACUUAAAGAAGCAAGAAACUUAAAGAACACAAAUAAAUCAAUCACUCAGUCUGAUGACAAACUAGAAUCAUAUAUCAAUCUAAUAAAGAAACGCAAGUUAAAUUGGUUCAAUAAGAAAUUAAAUCACUAUCAAAAAGAAGCAGUGAGAAACAUACUGAAAGGAUUAGCGCGUCCGUUACCUUACGUUAUAUUUGGCCCGCCUGGAACGGGGAAGACGAUCACUCUGUGCGAGACAAUCCUACAAAUUCUAACUGUGAUACCUGAAAGCAGACUUCUCGUAGCAACACCAUCAAACAGCGCGGCAAACUUAAUAGCCGAACGCUUGCUGGACAGUAACAUACUUAAACCUGGUGAUCUGGUUCGACUGAUAGCUCAUCAUUGUUUGGAAAGCGAUGUUAUUCCCAAGAGACUGUUACCCUACUGUGCUACGGCUGAUUUAGCCAUGGAGGGAACACACGAUCGCUACCAACAAACUGAGGGAGGAAUGCAAUUGAACUGCACCAAGUCUGUACUGGGUCGUCACAGGAUUACCAUUGGUACUUGCUCAUCGUUGGGUAUACUUUACAACAUGGGUUUUCCUCGUGGCCAUUUCUCACACAUUUUGAUCGACGAGGCGGGUCAAGCGACCGAACCGGAGAUCAUGAUUCCCAUGAAUUUCAUUCAUUCCGACCACGGCCAGGUGGUUCUCACGGGUGACCCGAUGCAACUCGGGCCCGUUGUGCAAAGUCAACUGGCGCAGUACUUUGGAUUGGGCGAAUCGUUUCUGUCGAGACUGUUGCACCAAUUUCCUUAUCAAAGAGAUCCCGAAGGAUUUAAAACCGGCUACGAUCCCAGACUCGUCACGAAACUACUUUUUAACUAUCGAAGCUUACCAGAGAUACUGAACCUACCAAACUCAUUGUUUUAUGAAUCGGAAUUGUGUCCGCAAAUAUCAGUUACGGAUAGUAAGGAAGCUAAACUAUUGCAAAUACUGAAAGCAGAACUACCUCAAAGAAAUGGCUCACCACCGGCUAUAGUCUUUCAUGGAAUUAACGGUGAAAACUGUAGAGAUUUGGAAAGUCCAAGUUGGUAUAAUCCCCAAGAAGCAACACAGGUGUAUCUUUAUUUAUUGAGAUUAUACAAAUACGGUCUUGAGCCGAAUGAUAUAGGAGUUAUAACACCUUACCUGAAGCAGGUACUGCAAAUCAAAGACUUGUUGUUGGAAUUGAAUGUUAAAUUACCAAAAGUUAGCAGUGUGGAAGGAUUUCAAGGUCAAGAGAGGAAAGUGAUUAUUCUCUCAACUGUUAGAUCAUGCAAUAAUCUAAUUAACGAAGACGUCAAACACGCUCUUGGUUUUAUCGCCUCGCCUAAAAGAUUUAACGUCGCGCUCACUCGUGCUCGUUCUCUGCUCAUUAUUUUAGGAAAUCCAACAACACUUAGUUUAGAUCCAUAUUGGAGAAGUGUUCUUACAUAUUGUAUUAAUCAUGAUGCAUAUACGGGAUGUAAUUUUAACAUGUAACAGAAUCUCCAAAUAUGAAUAAUAUCUUGUAAUACAAUUAAAAGUUUUGAUUCUUAAAUAACA